AUGAGUUUUGUGCAAACUUCAUCACUCGACUUGCUUUCCUUGUUGUUUUCCGUCAGCACUGCCGGAUCAUCAUCAAAUAUUUUCCAUGAACAAUUAUUACAUAGUGAGGUGGAUAAAAUUUGUGGACAUGGUCCUAGCGUUGAUUUGAAGCAAUAUUUGUCUUCCGAAGCUCAAGAACAACCAUCAGUGGAUUUUACAACUGUACAAAAGAUUUUAACAGCUGUGGAUGCUUUUAUAUUCCGAGUAAUGUCUUUGGAUUUGAGUAGAGAGAGUAUUGUUGAGGAACUUUUGGCUUGUAAGCUUACUGCUGAACAAGCUGAAGUUUUUGUUAGAGUAUUGGAAGGAAGAAGAUCGGAGCUUGUUAGAGCAAUGAAGUAUAAAUGUAUUAGUGAAAUUUCACACUCCUAUCUUGAAGACUUUGAUUGGAAAUUAAACUUGGUCGUUGCCAGUGAUAAGUGUUCAAACAUUCGUGAACCAAUUGUACUUUUGAAUUUGUUUGUCAAAUCAGAGAAUGAACAAAAAGUGAGAGAAGUUUUGGUGGAAUUGACAAAGAAGGAUUUGGAUAAUAUUUUGAGCGAAUUUGGAAAGAUUCAAAAUCAAUUACAAAAGAUUUCAGUGUAA